AUGGAGUUAGAACCGUCGUGUUCGCAACGUGCAAUUGAGUCAGGCUCGCUGACAACGCGGCCGGACCACGAGAUACACACCUUCGAUGAGACUCCACCGAAUGGAGGAUAUGGCUGGAUCUGCACAUUCUGCGUCUUUGUGAUUAUCAUGCAUACAUGGGGGGUAAAUAGCGCCUGGGGUGUGAUUUUAGCUCACUUUCUUUCUCACUCAACAUUUCAAAGCGCCUCUCGCAUCGAGUUUGCAUUCAUCGGUGGCUUGUCCAUAUCUCAGGCACUCCUGAUCGGGCCGAUUGUCACCAAGAUGCAGAAAGCACUCGGUACCAGAGUCACUCUUCUAGUGGGGACAACACUAGUCUUCGGGGCCUUGUACGGAGCAGCUUACGCCACCGAAAUAUGGCAUUUGGCUUUAUCCCAGGGCAUUUGCUUUGGCAUGGGGAUGGGUUUCCUCUAUAUACCGGCGAUGUCGGUACUGCCACAAUGGUUUACAACCCACAGAAGUCUUUCAAUGGGAAUUGCCGGAUCCGGGGCUGGAAUUGGCGGCAUAACAUACAACCUUGUCACUGGCCAUGUGAUUGGCACACUCGGGGUGCGAACAGCAUAUAAAGUCCUCGCGUUCUGCACAUUGGGCGCGAAUCUGGUUUCAUCUCUGCUUCUUAAAACGCGGGAUGGGCCUCGGCAGAGCAGACAAAAGCGAGCCUUCGACUUCCACGAUUUUCGGUGCCCCGAAGUGCUCCUUGUGGUGUUUUGGGGCAUGACAACGGAGUUCGGGUAUAUUGCUCUGAUCUACUCGCUACCUAAUUAUGCCUCGUCGAUUGGCUUGAGCACCAAACAGGGUUCUAUUACUGCAGCGACCCUCAAUCUUGGCUUGACAAUUGGCCGUCCACUUGUCGGCUAUGUCAGCGACAGAUUCGGCAGAAUUACGAUGCCUGCAAUAAUGACAGCGUUCUGUGGCGCGGUCUGUCUGAUGAUAUGGAUACCUGCGCAGUCCUAUCCUGUGCUGCUUUUAUUUGCUCUCCUUUCGGGAAUGGUCUGUGGCACUUUUUGGGGCACAGUAACACCUGUGCUUGCAGAAGUUGUUGGCCUUUGGCGCAUGUCGUCCUCCUUUAGCCUUAUUUGUUUGACGUUGGUCGCUCCUACAACAGUCGCUGAGCCUAUUGCGCUCAGCCUUCUGAGAAGAGCAUUCAAGGCGUCCCGAAGUAAUCCCCGACAUCUAAUGGGACCCGAGACCGCUGUUGAUGACAAACAACAAUGGGAACUCCUGCGCGAUCAAGGCAGGUUACAGGCUGGCCGUUUGAUGUUUGUUGUGACUGAAGACCAGUUGGUGGCCGUGGCUAGGGAGAAGAAUAUAUCAGGAGAAGCCGGACUUGGUGAUGACUCGAUAAUUGUCGUGGUCUGGCUUGACCGAGCUCGACAGCCGAAUUGA